CAUGUUGAUAGUCAGGAUAAAGCAGAAGAAAGCUCAACCACCCAGGAGAUGUGUGGCGGCUCUUCGAAGACUGCAAAUCGGCCAGGGGGCUGGCAGGAUUCAGCCAGAUGUGUGUGUAAUGCCGGUUCUGGUGCUGAGAGGACUUACAAGGCACUUUUAUGCCCAAAGACUCGAAAACGUGCCAGGGUGGGAAGGGGCACUGAUCACACCGAACUCAGCAACAGUUGGUCAUGUUCAGAGCUGGACUUGAAUGAGAUCCGCCUGAUAGUUUACCAGGACUGCGAAAGGAGAGGCAGACAAGUCUUGUUUGAUUCUAAAGCGGUUCACAAGACUGAGGAGGUGGCAACCCAGAAAACAGAGGAUGCCCCUAUUAAACUGGCAGCCAAGUGCUGUCAGGGCAGCGGCGGCAGCAGCAGCGUCUCAUCCCAGAGCUCCUCCGGGGGAUCUUUGCAGCACGCCAAGGAGCAGCUCCCGAAGUACCAGUACACAAGACCAGCUUCUGAUGUCAACAUGCUAGGGGAAAUGAUGUUUGGCUCAGUCGCAAUGAGUUAUAAAGGCUCCACUUUAAAGAUACACUAUAUCCGCUCUCCUCCACAACUGAUGAUUAGUAAGGUAUUCUCUGCUAGAAUGGGCAGCUUCUGUGGGAGUACAAAUAACUUGCAAGACAGCUUUGAAUACAUCCACCAGGAUCCUAAUUUGGGAAAACUGAACACAAAUCAGAAUAAUUUGGGUCCUUGUCGUACUGGGAGUAACCUAGGUGCGCUGCAAGCAUGCGGCAGCAAACUGCUGCAGGGCGUAGCUGAAGGAGGACCUCUCCGGCUCACCCGGAGUGCUUCUUUCUUUGCAGCACAUAGCACUCCGGUUGACAUGCCGAGCAGAGGACAGAAUGAAGACCGGGACAGCGGCAUUGCCAGAUCAGCCUCACUAAGCAGCCUUUUGAUUACACCUUUUCCAUCUCCAAGCUCCUCUACAUCCUCUUCCAGCAGUUACCAGCGCCGUUGGCUUCGAAGUCAGACAACAAGUUUGGAAAAUGGCAUCAUUCCAAGGAGGUCGACAGAUGAGACAUUCAGCCUGGCUGAAGAAACGUGCAGUUCUAAUCCAGCCAUAGUUCGGAGGAAGAAAAUUGCCAUAAGCAUCAUCUUCUCUCUGUGUGAGAAAGAAGAAGCACAAAGGAAUUUCCAGGACUUCUUUUUUUCUCAUUUUCCCCUGUUUGAAUCUCACAUGAACAGGCUGAAGAGUGCCAUUGAAAAGGCCAUGAUCUCCUGCAGGAAGAUAGCAGAAUCAAGUCUCCGUGUCCAGUUCUAUGUCAGCCGUCUGAUGGAAGCUCUGGGAGAAUUCAGAGGAACGAUCUGGAACUUAUAUUCUGUUCCAAGGAUAGCUGAACCUGUAUGGCUUACCAUGAUGUCCAGCACUUUGGAAAAAACCCAGCUCUGCCAGCGCUUUCUCAAGGAGUUUACACUUCUGAUAGAACAGAUCAGCAAAAACCAGUUUUUUGCUGCCUUACUGACUGCAGUGUUAACCUACCACCUGGCCUGGGUCCCGACCGUCAUGCCUGUUGAUCACCCUCCCAUUAAAGCCUCAGAGAAACGCACCUCUCAGUCCGUGAACACACUGGCCAAAACACAUCCAUAUAAUCCUCUCUGGGCACAGCUGGGUGAUCUUUACGGAGCCAUUGGCUCUCCAGUGAGGCUGACUCGCACCGUCGUGGUGGGGAAGCAGAAGGAUUUGGUCCAACGCAUACUUUACGUCCUGACCUACUUUCUCCGUUGCUCUGAGCUGCAAGAGAACCAGCUGACCUGGAGUGGGAGUCACGGUGAAGGUGACCAAGUGUUAAAUGGGAGCAACAUCACCACAGCCUUGGAGAGGGGAGAGGUAGAGGAGUCUGAGUAUGUGGUGGUCACGGUGAGAAGUGAGCCUGCUCUCCUUCCCCCUAUCCUGCCACCUACUAUGGCCGAGGGAAGGAGCCCCAGGCCUGAGGGGCUGGGUGUGUCCCCAGAGGGCACUGACAUUAGAGACCUGUGUUCCAAACCUGACAAAGAAGGACACAAAAGGCCAGAGCAGAGUUCUCAGGCCUGCAGCAUGGGAUUCCAAGAGCCAGCCUUGGACAACUCUUGGAAACCUCAGGGCACAUUUUGUGGGGAGGAAGAAAGUGAAAACGAGGCACCACGAGAUGGCUCUUCAAGACUCUCCAGCUGUGAGGGGCUGGGGGCUGGAGUGAAGAUCAGCCAGCAGACGGUCAGUGAGGACUUGAAAGGGGAGAUGCCUACAAAACUCGCAGACCGGUCAGCAGCCUGGCCUUGCCCUGACAGACAUUUCUGGGAGAAACCCCCCUUAGAGAAGGUCACUUUCCAAAUUGGAAGUUCUGUAUCUCCAGAGUCUGACUUUGAAAGCCGCACAAAAAAAAUGGAGAAGCGGCUAACGGCCUGUAGACAAUAUCCAGAGUUAGCCUGCCAUCCCUCGGCUGAGUCCGGGACGGCCGCUGACAUGCCUCAGGACCCGCAGGUUUCUAGGUGCUCCUUCACACCCGGUUUCCAGAAGAAUGUCCACUGUCCUCAGAGUCCAUCUUGUGAGAGGGAUGAAGGUGCAUUUGAGAGGGAUUUUGCUGAGGACAGAGGCAUGAAAACCGAGGUGGUAGCAGAUGCUGCUGGGCAGCCCGACCUGUCUGCUGACUCACUGGCACCUGACAACAGUGAGGCAGGACCUGGAAUGAGGAUGCCGGAGCAAACAAGACGUUUGCCUUUGAAGGAUGCAGAAGGCCCUUUGCUACAGCCUUUUCCAAGCAGGUGUGCACAGCAGGACUCUGGCUUCUCGGGCACUGCAGAUGUCCCCUGUGGGGAUGCCAACAGGAAGGCCAACUUCAGGAUGGAAGGAGACAUUCCCAGAAACGAAAGCUCAGAUAGCGCUCUUGGAGACAGUGACGAGGAAGCGUGUGCUUCAGCCUCGCUCAAUCUGGAGCACAGCGGUGACCGGACUGAAGGGUCCUUGGAGGUGGAGCUGCCUCUGCCAAGGUCUCAGAGCAUCAGCAACCCAAAUGUAAGAAACUUUGGCCGCUCACUUCUGGCAGGUUAUUGCCCCACGUACAUGCCUGAUCUGGUGCUUCAUGGGACCAGCAGCGACGAGAAGCUGAAGCAGUGUCUGGUGGCCGAUCUGGUCCACACAGUCCAUCACCCAGUGCUUGACGAGCCGAUCGCCGAAGCGGUCUGUAUUAUCGCAGACACGGACAAGUGGAGUGUCCAGGUAGCCACAAGUCAGAGGAAGGUGACGGACGGCAUGAAACUGGGCCAGGAGGUCUUGGUCUCGAGUCAGGUGUCCAGUUUGCUCCACUCCAUUUUACAGCUUUACAAGCUUCACCUCCCUGCUGAUUUUUGCAUCAUGCAUCUUGAAGAUAGACUACAGGAGAUGUACCUUAAAAGUAAGAUGCUGUCCGAAUAUCUUCGUGGACACACACGAGUCCAUGUGAAAGAAUUAGGUGUCGUACUGGGGAUUGAAUCCAACGACCUGCCUCUGUUGACUGCUAUUGCCAGUACUCAUUCUCCUUACGUCGCUCAGAUACUCUUAUAAGCUAAAGCUCAGGACAGUUCUUCCUUGGAAGAAAAAAAAAAAAAAUCAGAUUCUCAACUGAAGGUGAAAGGAGUAAGCUCUCUGUGACAUCAAAAGCAUGAGAAGAGCAAACAGUCAUUCCAUCGCUUUGUUUUGUUUUGUUGCUUUCAAGCGGAUGCUUCGUUGGACGACUUAGGUUUACUUGACAUAAUGGCAUUUGUGUUUUUCGUGAAUACUCUUUGGCCUUUUGUUAUCCAUGAAUCAACAGAGAGAGUGACCUUUUUGGUAGGAGGAGACAUAAACACUACACUAAACACUAAGCUGCUGGUACAGAUCACCGUGUGUGUUUGGGCAGAACGACAAGGGACUUGGGAGCGGGGGUAACCGGUGUACAUACCAUUACAGUAGGACAACGUUUCGGAGUUUAAGCAUGAGCUCUCCAGAGUGGAGAACGUGCAAUUUGCUACUCUAAGAAGACAGUCAGAACAAGGGAUUUGGAUUCCAGGGCAGAGUUUGUUUUUUACAAAAGGUGAAAGCAAGCAAGCCACAUUGUGCCAUCUUCCGCUCCGGUGGCUGUAGGCAUUACUGCCUGACAGAAAUCAGGAAGGAGGAUCGACCAUUGGGCAGAGGGUGCUGUAGGGAGCCACUGUUUCCACAUCUUCUUGGAGUUUACCUUGUUGCAGAUGCAGCCACAGGUAGGUUAGAGACAGACUGUUGGUGCAAUAAACCCAGGAAUCAGUGUAGCAUCUUAAUCUCAUCAAGAUUUAGUUCAGAGCAGCAGAGUACACAGUCUGGUACCAUGUUUUAUCCUCAUACUUAGAGCUUUCAGCAGCCUUUUUAAGAGAGGCCACUUACCAAAGUUAUUUCUGUAAGCUCACAAGAGUGUUUCUGUUGCUAAAUUCUUCCAGCCGAAGCUUCCUGUAAUAGUUAAUACAAAUGACUAUUUGUACUUUCAAAGGCACAGCUGGCCUUGCAGGAAAGGAGUUAGUUUGUACACUGACCAACAAUCUAUAAGUGAUCUCACUUUUUACAUUAUCAUCUCUGUGCCUUCUAAUCCCUAAGUCCUUUGCAAAACACCUCUCCAGAAAUUAACUUACCCAUUAUAAAACCUGCCAAAAUGAGGGAUUAUUAGCAUAGUUCACUUUUUCAGAAACCUUAAUUUUUUGUUAAAUGUAAAAGAAACUUCACUUAGUUUACUGGCCGUGAACUCUGGCCAUGUCAGACCAUGUACUGAUGUCCAGGGUAAAGGAAAAGACUUUUCAGAAUUAGAUUGUGAAAAGACAGGCGCUAAUCUUGCAAAUCACAACAUUGUUAGCACGUUGUAGAUCUCGAGUACAGUUGAUUAUAACCAGGCUCUGAUUUCCUUUCACUGCCGUGUGAAUUAAUUCCGGUCCUUGUCAUGUACCCAUUUGUACCUAAGAUUAUGAAGUAACUUCCCUUUUAGGGGUUAGAAUGACUUCAGAUUUUUUAUUUGAUAAAAUCCUGAUUGUAAACCACCAAGUUUAUUCUUUUACAAAUGCAAGUUAAUUGUUUGUUUGAAAGGGUAUAGCCGCAGUACUAAUGGAGAAAAAUAGGUGUAAUAAUUCUUUAGGAAUAGGUCAGAACUGCUGCCUUCCCUUCUCUCUUUUUAUGAUGUGAAAUGUAGGUGGGUGCAUUAAGGCUCUUAAGAUCUUUAAUUUUUAUCUUAUGUCUUUCUUUCACAAGAUUGAAGUUUUCCAUCCUUUUUAUGUUUAUCUUAUUUCCUCUAACAUCUGAGUUUGGCGGUUUAAGUCUCUAGUUCCGUGACAUCACUGCUUGCUGUUAGUUACACAGAGAAUGAACCUCACCUGUGGCUCAGCUCACUCAUUUGUUUCUCGUUAAUGUGUGAAUAAAUUAUAAUAGCUGAUAUUACAUCAUUCCUAUCUGUACCAGUUGAGAGCAUUCCCCUCAUCUCUCUUUCCCCUUUCCUUGUUUACACGUUUUGAGCACUUUCCCUUAUUCACCGCUUUCCAGGGAUUCAUAGAAAAUAACUAGAUACAAAGCCAGUUUCAUUCAAAAUGUGUAUACAUAGCGGCAUGUUGAAAAUUAGACCCGUGUGGGGGGAAAUUGAGCUUUAAAUGGCUGAUUCUAAACUCCAUACAUCAGAAUUUAGCCCAGUCCUCUCAAAGCCUGAGAAAAUUUAAUUUGCCUCAAUCUACUGUUCUAAAACUCUCUCUCGGAAAAUGUCUGUUGGAAAACUACAGGUGGGUCACGUGUGGGGGUUGUCCCAGUGACACUCAGGAUUCCAGUCAGAACCUAAUCCUCACAUCUAUUGCCUACAAAAACAGACCAAGAAUGUUGCUGCUUUUUUGUAAUCCUCCUUUAAAUAACACUCAAGUUUUGUUUGUCUUAAAUUCAACCUCUUCCCAAAAGUGGAAAAGAAAAAAAAAAAAAAUCUCAUGGAAUUGCAUUGAGAUACACCCACUCACACCACCCGGUGGCUUCAUUCUGUCGUAGCCCAAGAGGCAAGAAAGGAAUCCCGCCCUCUCCCAAUGCCCACCUCAAGAAAAAAAUUAAAAUUAAAAAAAAAAAAAAAA